CACCAUCAUCAUCAGCUUUAGCCAGCAACAGCAACAGCAACAAUUCCACAUACACUUGCCACAAAAUGGCUUCGCCACCUGAGAGUCCCAUUGAGGAGAUUGUCUACGAAUUAGAACAAACACGAGUGCCUAAACCCAUUCCAGUCGCCCUCGAGGAUUUGUGCCGUCAAACGAAAUUUACAAAACAGGAAAUACGUGUUAUGUACAGAGGAUUUAAAACGGAAUGUCCUGAAGGUGUGGUGCACGAAGACUGUUUCAAGGAUAUUUAUGCAAAAUUUUUUCCACAUGGCAACUCAAGUUUAUAUGCUCAUUAUGUGUUCAAAGCAUUCGAUGUUAACUGCAAUGGUGCCAUAAGUUUUCGGGAUUUAUUGGUUACGCUGUCAACAUUAUUGAGAGGCUCCGUUUAUGAACGACUACGUUGGACGUUUAAAUUGUACGAUCUGAAUGGAGAUGGACGCAUCAGCCGUUCAGAGUUAAGCGAAAUAAUUAUGGCCAUUCACGAAUUGAUGGGCAGGAGAGCGCAUCAACCGGAGGAUGACCGCAAAGCCAGGGAUCAGGUCGAUCGAGUCUUCCGCAAAUUGGAUCUCAACCAGGAUGGCAUUAUAACAAUCGAAGAAUUCUUAGAGGCAUGCCUUAAGGAUGAUCUAGUUACAAGAUCACUGCAAAUGUUCGAUAAUGACCUUUGAUGACCGGCGACAGACUAUGACAUAAGAAACAAUCGCAAUACAGUAUCUUUGAUAGAUCUCUAAACAGCAACUAAAACAAAACCAAAAACUAAAACUAGAAAAAAAGCAACUAACAUCUUAUUAAUAAUAAAUAACGAAAACAAAAUAAAAAAGAAAAAAAAACUAAAGAAAUUGUUACUUAAAGUAAGUAAAACAAAAACUAAAAAAAACCCAAAACAAAAAACAUGUAAUAAAAAAAACUUUAAAAAUUCUCCACCUUACCUACAGAAAGAGAGCUCAUACACCAGUAAAGAAAAACAUACAGAGAAAACAACAACAAGGAAAUUCUUAGACUUUACAUUAUUUUCAGUUUUAGUCCAAGUAAAGAAAAUUUAAAAUUUCCCUUAAAUGAACUAAGCUAAGCAUUUGUUUAUUUUAUAUAUUUUUUUUGAUAACCUUAAAGCAAAGCUACGAAUUUGGCAUAACCCUCAAACAUCACCAGCCCACUAAGCUAGUGUUUAUUAACAAUUUUUUUUUUUUUGAAAAGAUCCCAAACAACAACAAACAAAAAUCCUGCCAUAAAUUCUUAAAUUGACUGUAGAACAAAUGAAAUUGGCAUAAAUCGAACCUCGAAACUCCCCGCCCCCCAAAAGAAAACCCCAAAUCAAUACAAUUAAGCGUUUUUUGCUUGGAAAAGUGUUUCUGAGAAAGCAAAUCAACCACGUUACGAUGAUGUUAUGCGAAGGCAUAACCGAAAACAAAGACCACCAAUUUAAAGCAAGUAGAAUGAGUCAAAAAUAUACAAUGGAUAAAUGCGGGGGGGAAAAUAGAUAACUUUUGAUUAAAAGAACCAAAUGAAGGGUAAUGAAGCAUUGAAAAGGUUAUUUGGAAAAAGCACAAAAGUCAAAAAGAGAAAAGCGAAAUAUUGGCAUUGCAAUUUAAAGAGAUUUCAUGAAUUCCUUUCGAUAUUACAUUGAAAUAACAAAAUUCCUGCAGGAAUUUUCCAUAAAUAUGCGGAAUUGGAUUUUUUGUCCUAGGGAAUGUCAACUGAGUUUUUUUUUCACUAGGCUAAAUAAAGCGCCAGUUGCGCUGAGGAUGCCUCAGAGUUUCCUCACAUAGGCGUGGUAGUUCACUAAAGUGGUGAUUCUUGGUAUUCUUUGAAAUCAUUGCAAUCGGCUUUCUUUU